AUGGGAGCUUCCCAAACUACAGCAACAAUCGCCCAGUAUCAAAUCAUCAAGGGAAAGACAGAGACAGCUCCUCAAGUCGCUAUCAAGGGCGUCGGUGUCGCACCAGUUGGCGGUUUAAAAAUUGAUUUGACGGUGCGAGACAAACUCGUCGAGAAGUGGGAAGAGACGAAAAAGACAAGUCAAGAUAUCAAAACACAGAAAACUGGCCGAGCCAUGGCUAAAAUGCUCGUAGCGGCGAACAAGGCGAAAAUGGUCCUUUCCGCGAAUAAGGAACACAUGGCCGGAGUCCAGCAACUCAUCGAUGAUGAAGACUUCAAGGCGAAAAUCACCAGAGACGAACUCGAAGCAUCCAUCCAAGGAGACAUUGAACAGGCCAUGGAAGCUGUUCGAGAGGCCUUCAAAUCUUCGGGAAUGUCCAACGACGAAAUUAGCCAAGUGAUCAUGUUUGGCGGUGGAAUGCGUGUGCCUGCAAUUCAAGAAGCGCUCAAGAAGGAACUGAAUGGAGCUGAACUCAGUUUCAAUAUUAAUGCUGAUGAGGCUGCUGCUCUUGGUGGAUCUUAUCAUGCGGCUUUUGUAUCAAAGGUUUUCCGAGUGAAAACGAUGUUCAUCAAGGAUGCCGUCCAAAAGCCCGUCGAGGUCCGAUUUGAGCGUGACCUCGAGCCCGAAGAAAUCCAAGAAGAUGGCGUCACCAAGAAGACUAUUAAGCGAACUCUUUUCCAAAAGAUGAAUCCCUAUCCUCAAAAGAAAGCAAUCACAUUCAACCGAUUUGCGGAUGAUUUCAGCUUCAGUGUGUUCAUUGAUGGACAACUCCAGGAGACUGUAAAUCUUGCAGGCGUCAAAGGGGCACAUGAGAACAACACGCACGCCGAUCCUAAGGGAGUCAAAGCUCAUUUCCGAAUGAACGACUCUGGAAUCCUUGUCCUCGAAUCCGCCGAUGCAACUUUUGAACACGAAGUUUUCGAAGAGCCAGAAGCCCCGAAAAAGGAUGAGAAAGCAAAGAUGCCUGAUAUGCCAGAUAUCGACAAGAGCACGCUGGACAAGAUCAAGGACAAGUUUGGAUCAUUCUUCAAUGGAGAAGAUACCGAUGGAAAAACUGCCGAACAAGUGCUUGAAGAGCUCGGAAAGGCAGCAAAGGAAAAGAAAGAUGCUGAAGGAGCAGCUGGAGACGAAGCCACGGGCGAAGAUUCGACUGAUUCCGACGAGCCAGCUGCAGAAGAAAAACCUGAGGAGGAAGCUGCCAAAGAGGAAGAGCCCAAAGCUGAGGAACCCGCGGCUGAAGACGCAAAAGCCGAAGAAGCAAAAGCUGAAGAACCGAAGGAUGGUGAAGCUGAACCUGCUGCUGUGGAGGGAAAAGCUGAAGAACCAAAGAAAGUCAUCAAGAAAUUCUCCGUCAUUCUCGAAUCAACUGCUGUCAACCACGAUCUGGAAUCUGUCUCUGGAGACGAGCGAGAAGCCAUUUACAAUCAGAUCAAGGCAUUGGAUCAAGCUGAUGCUGAUCGAUUGGCGAAGGAAAAGUCUUUCAACGAUUUGGAAAGUUUUAUUUACGAUCGACAAGACAAGUUGUACAGAGAAGGAUGGACUGAUGCUAUCAGUGAAGAACAGCGAGAAGAAGUCGCCGCGGCCCUCUCGGCUGCAUCGGAUUGGCUUUGGGAUGUCGAGGAACCAACCGCUGUGACAUUUGACGACAAGCUUGCCGAGCUCAAAAAGCUGACUCGCGAUUGGGAGCGACGAUUCGAAGAACAUGAAAAGCGCCCUGAAGCUGUUGAGCGUCUCGAGAAAAUGAUCUCUGGAAUGCGAGAACUCUUCAUGGAAACCUACAAGAACCAAACCGGCGAGGGUCUUGCUCUCAGCCAAGAAGACGUCUUCGAAAUGUCUGAAAAGCUCGACAAAGUCACCGAUUGGCUCAAGGAAAAGACUGAAGCUCAAGCAGCCCUGGCCCAGCAUGAGGACCCUGCUUUCAAGGUCAUGGAUGUUCAGGUGAAAGAGAAGACCCUUUCAAACGCCGGAGAGAUUCUCUACAAGAAGAUUCGAACGUGGAGGCCACCAAAGCCCACUGAGCCACCAACGAUCGAGCCGACUACCACGGGCGAAGAAGGAGAAGAAGUUAACGCUGAGGAAGGCGAGGAAGUUCCAAAAGAUGCUCCAGCAAGCGAGGAAGAAAAACCCGCCGAAGAAACGACGACUGAAGAGCCAGCUAAAGAUACGACGCACGACGGCUCAGAACUUUAA